CCGCUCUCCACGCCGGGGCGUCCGAUCGUCUGCCCCCCCCGGUCUCCGGACCGCCGCUCCCCGCCCGCGGGCCCCUCCGCCCGGGGGCCCCUCCGCCCGGCGCCCUUGGGCCCAUGGUGGGGGGCUCGGACCGCGAUGAGCCGCCCGCCCUCCGCCGGCCCCGCCGCUAGCAAACCCUGCGCCAAGCAGCAGCAGCAGCACCAGCAGCAGCAGCUGCACCAGUUGCAGCCUCAGGGGCAGGGGCCGCCCGGCCCGGCCCUCGCCGCCGCCGCCACCCCGGCCCCCGCCGCCACCAUCUCGGCAGCCGGCACCGCCUCGUCCUCGGGCCCCGCCGGCGGAGGCUGCGGAGGAGGAGGCUGCGGAGGAGGAGGAGGAGGAGGCCCGGCCUCCCCGCAGCACCACGAGCUCACCUCGCUCUUCGAGUGCCCGGUCUGCUUCGACUAUGUCCUGCCCCCGAUCCUGCAGUGCCAGGCCGGGCACCUGGUCUGUAACCCAUGCCGCCAGAAGCUGAGCUGCUGCCCGACGUGCAGGGGCGCCCUGACCCCCAGCAUCAGGAACCUGGCCAUGGAGAAGGUGGCAUCGGCCGUCCUCUUUCCCUGCAAGUAUGCCACCACAGGCUGCUCCUUGACUCUUCACCACACGGAAAAGCCGGACCACGAAGACAUAUGUGAAUACCGCCCCUACUCUUGCCCAUGCCCCGGUGCCUCCUGCAAGUGGCAGGGAUCCCUGGAAGCCGUCAUGUCCCACCUCAUGCACGCCCAUAAGAGCAUCACCACCCUUCAGGGAGAAGACAUCGUCUUCCUGGCCACGGACAUUAACCUGCCGGGUGCGGUCGACUGGGUGAUGAUGCAGUCCUGCUUCGGCCACCAUUUCAUGCUGGUUUUGGAGAAGCAAGAGAAGUACGAGGGCCACCAGCAGUUCUUUGCCAUCGUGCUGCUCAUCGGCACCCGCAAGCAGGCUGAGAACUUUGCCUACAGGCUCGAGCUGAAUGGGAACCGGCGGCGGCUGACUUGGGAGGCCACGCCCCGUUCCAUUCACGAUGGCGUGGCCUCUGCCAUCAUGAACAGUGACUGCCUCGUCUUUGAUACAGCCAUAGCCCACCUCUUUGCGGAUAACGGCAACCUGGGGAUCAACGUGACCAUUUCCACCUGCUGCCCGUGAAGCGCCUGUGGAGGGAAGCAGCCCAAGGGUUCUCAGGGCCUAGCUCUUCUUGCCCUUUAUUAUGCGUUUUUUAGAAAUGCAGCAGGGCCCAACUAGGCCUUCACCUGUCGGAAUCCGUUAUUAGCCGACGUUUCCUGAUGGUCCGUUCCCCUCUUUGAUUUGGUCAACAAGUCAAGCCUCUCUGGCGGCAUGAGGAUGAGGGUUUUUGGCCUGGUAACGGUGUGACGGGAGUUUGUCUAACCUUCCCUUAAAGUCUCCGGCUUCUGGGGCAGCUGUCCACCUCUGUCAGAGCCUGAGGCCUGGACUAGAGGAGACCCCCGCAAGAACCUCUGAGAGCGUGAACCAGCAGGGGCCAGUGUGGGAAGGGAGAGGGGUCUCCCAUCUCCUCCCUGACUCCCGUGGCAACUUGCAUCAUUGUCAGUGGAGGCCUAGGGCUUUAUUUUGUUCAAAACCAAGCUGGUUGAGAAGAGAGGGGUGGAGGGGACUGCUGCAAUUUAGAAGUUUUACAGAAGGGGCCAGAUCUCUGUGCUGAGGCCCUCUGGGUUCUUUGAUGAGAAUCCUCUCCUGUUCUGAGCCACUUAACCAAUGAAAAUCAACAGGGUCACCUUUCUGUGAGGUGGGCAAUGAGGCGGCUAGGAGAGCAAGAGGUGUAUGUCCAACAGAGUUCUCCAGCGGUUGAAAUCUGAUCAUAUGCUAGGUUAGGCGGGUUGUUUACAUGUGGCUUCCCCUGGAGACAUACUUGACUAUCGAUAUUGUCAAAGAUUAAUAUAGUGGAAAAAGCUUUAUGGCCAAUGUCCUGUUCUUGCUAUGUAAGUUUUGUUGCCAUAUUCACUUUAGUUUUCUAAUAAAUAUUUUGCAAAAAGCA